AUGGCUUUACUGGGUUUUCAUAUUGUUUUGUCCUUAAUUGCCGCUACUUUGUUCAACAAAUUUGGUGCUCAUUUUACAAUUUGUGAUAGACUAGUAUGGAAAGGGUAAGGUAAUAAAUUUUCUGGCGUAUUGGCUUUUAGGUUGAAGUAUUUUUGGCUGCCAGAGCCUCCAGAGUAUAACGAUAACAAAAAGUUGAGAAAGCGAAAUCCAAAAGCUCAAGAAUUGGAUAUCAGGCAGAAUGUAAUGUGUGUGGACAUGAACUUUCUUGUAAUGGGAAGAUUAAGCUUUUACAAUUCUUUGGUAUGGAUGCUCAAUUAUGGGAUUCUGUCGUUGUUGGUUUUUACAUUAAGUCAGAUUUGGUGUUAUCUGUUGCCUGCCGAUGAUUCAACCAAUGUUUCCGUCUUAUGGUGUUUAUUUUCGAUAUCUUUUUCUUUACAGGUAAGGUUACUGUCCCUUAGAAAAUUCAAUCGUUUCCAGAAUCUAUGCAAAAUAUUGUGGAUGAAGAUCUCGAAAAAUGAGUUGAGUUCCGAGAGGAACCUGGUAGUUUCCUUCUCCUUGAUCACCUUCUUAUUCUUUGCCGUAAUUAAUAUGUUUGGGGAUAGAAUUAUGAGCAAUAAUCUUGGGCGAGGUAAGUGAAAGUUCUUAAAAUUAUGAUUUGUUAGGAUUUGACCUCCUUAUGGAGAAUUCUCGUGUAUUGGCGUCGAACGUUGAUAACUUAACAAUCGGAAAGAGCUCCCCGAUAUUGUUGUUUAUGUUCACGUCACUUGUUGCUGCACUGUUAUGUGCUCUUUUGAUGCUGCCGUUGGUGCAAUAUUCUUUGUUGUUCAAAAGUGCUUCGGAAAGGGAAAGUAGUUUUAAAAGGUGAGUGGUCAACUGUAAUAUAAUAAAGGUCAUGGCCAAAUUUUAACGCAGUUUUGUAGAAUUUGGAAGUUUUGAGUAAUUGGCUCACCCAGGCUUUACUUUUUAGUAUUCUCCACAAACUGGUGUUUAUCUUUCCUUACCUUAUCCUUCCUCUUUAUCUGGCUCCAGUGGAACAGAUCUUCCUCAGCCAAGUCCCAAAUCUCCGAGAAGAUCUGUACAGUCUAAUAAGAAUAUCUUUGGUGAUCAUCUGGUCUCUCCUUCGUAUCCUCAGCUUGCAAUCUCUACUCCAAAUGUAUCUUCUGAAUGCCUGGGACAAAGCGCAAGCGUUUACAAAGCAUGUGGACUCUUUUGAAACGGUAAGGAUGACAUUUACAUGACAUUUUUGUAAUUUUUUUGCGCUUUAAGACCGGACCGGAUGAGUACUAUAAUCAAGGAUUUAUUUUAAAUAAUAUUUUAUUUACAGCUCCGCAGCCACAUCUCCCUUCUGGCGAUGACUGCCAUACAAUUACUCGCGCCCGCCAUUCUGAUUCUUUUCGUCAGUUUGGCCGAGAUCUCGUUAGGCCAAUUAUUGGGCCCUAAGGCCAUUCGAAUGGAAAACAAUCUCGACGUGAUAUUAGACUAUCGGGUUCAGCGGAUCUUCUGGGCCUAUUCCACCUCGAUACUCUUGACUUUACAUGUGGUGUUGGCUUCGAUCGGAUUGGCCUUCUCUUAG